AUGCCAGGCAGGAAAACGGUGGACAUGAGUAAAAAGGCGGAGAAGGGCACAGGCCCUGCUGGAAGGCCAGGCCUCCCGGGGGACAAAGGUGCCAUUGGGAUGCCCGGACGUGUGGGAGUAAAGGGACAACCAGGCGAGAAGGGGGCCCCUGGAGAUGCAGGGAUGUCCAUCAUUGGUCCCCGUGGCCCCCCUGGUCAGCCAGGCACUAGAGGUUUUCCUGGAUUUCCGGGUCCGAUUGGGCUGGACGGCAAACCUGGCCACCCUGGACCAAAAGGGGAGCUGGGUCUGAUGGGUCCCCAAGGACAGCCGGGACCUCAAGGACAGAAAGGAGAAAAGGGCCAAUGUGGAGAAUACCCACACCGGUUGCUGCCUCUCCUCAAUUCAGUGCGGCUGGCUCCACCCCCAGUCAUUAAAAGGCGGACCUUCCAGGGUGAACAGGGCCAGGCUGGCAUUCAAGGCCCACCAGGGCCACCAGGCCCCCCUGGACCGAGCGGACCUCAGGGUCACCCAGGACUGCCAGGGCCCAUCGGACCACCUGGCUUACCUGGGCCUCCUGGAUCAAAGGGAGAUCCAGGGAUCCAGGGGCACCAUGGAAGGAAGGGAGAACGGGGCAUGCCAGGGAUGCCCGGCAAACACGGAGCCAAGGGGGCUCCUGGAAUUGCUGUGGCAGCAGUGAAGGGUGAGCCAGGGGCCCCAGGAGCUAAGGGUGAGCAGGGAGCAGCAGGCCCCCCUGGGCUUCCUGGCCUCCUGGGGCAGAAGGGACAGAAAGGUGACAAUGGCAACUCCAUUGGUGGAGGAAGAGGGGAGCCGGGCCCCCCAGGACUCCCUGGGCCCCCAGGGCCAAAGGGAGAGGCUGGUUCUGAAGGCCAGGCUGGUCCCCCAGGACUGCAAGGAGACAAGGGGGAGCCUGGAGCAACAGGAGAGCUGGGCCCAGCUGGCCCCAAGGGCUCCAAGGGAGAACCAGGGAAAGGAGAGACCAUGAAUUACAAUGGGAACAUCAACGAGGCUCUCCAGGAGAUCCGAACACUGGCCUUAAUGGGGCCUCCUGGUCUUCCUGGGCAAAUUGGCCCACCUGGACCUCCAGGGAUCCCAGGCCAGAAGGGGGAGAUUGGACUGCCAGGCCCUCCAGGACUCGAUGGAGAAAAGGGACCUCGAGGCAAGUCAGGAGACAUGGGUCCUCCUGGCCCCCAAGGGCCCCCAGGGAAGAUUGGACCUACAGGAACCAAGGGAGAAGAUGGACCUAUGGGGACCCCAGGAGAGAAAGGGGAGCCGGGGCAGGCAGGCUCACCGGGUCUAGACGGCCCGACUGGGGAGAAAGGAGAACCAGGUGACCCAGGGAGACCCGGAACGACAGGACUGCCUGGCCCAAUCGGGCUCCCGGGAUUUACAGGAGAGAAAGGAGAACCUGGGGAGAAAGGUGACCCAGGAGUGGAGGUUCCUGGGCCACCUGGCCCAGAGGGGCCUCCUGGACCUCCGGGGCUGCAAGGCAUUCCUGGACCAAAGGGAGAAGCAGGACUGGAUGGAGCAAGGGGGGAGCAGGGCGUCCCAGGAGAGAAAGGAGACCGAGGACCCCUAGGACUACCUGGAGCUUCAGGUUUGGACGGCAGGCCUGGGCCACCGGGUACCCCAGGACCAAUUGGAGCUCCAGGCCCAGCAGGACCAAAGGGAGAGAGGGGCAGCAAAGGUGACCCUGGGUUGACAGGACCAACUGGAGCAGCAGGGCUUCCUGGUUUACAUGGACCACCGGGGGACAAAGGAAACCGGGGGGAGAGGGGGAAGAAAGGCUCUAGAGGGCCUAAAGGGGAUAAGGGAGACCAAGGAGCGCCUGGACUAGAUGCCCCCUGCCCGCUGGGUGAAGACGGACUGCCAGUCCAGGGCUGCUGGAACAAGUGAUGCCUCUAACCUGGAAUUGGCCUGUGUGUGUGUGUGUUUGUACAUAGAAUAUUUAUUUUUAUACAGUUUUCACUCUCUGAAAAUGCCAGAAGUACAUUCUACAGAUUAUUAAAAAAAAAAGAAAUAUAUGCCUAUUUUGUACAGAAAAUACCAACCUCUUCCAUUGUGUCUACACACAAAUAUAAGAAACGAUGUUUUAUACAAGUCUACAAUGCUAAUACACUUUUUGCUUGUAUGAGCAUAUGUCCGCAUGAUAUUUAUGCACACUUAUUAAGUACUGGAGCUUAAUAAAUUAUUGUGUUCUGGUGCCAAAGGGGCCACCAGCGCAGGGGCGCUGGCCAGCUUGUGUGUGAGUUCAUGGAAGUGUGGAGGUUUGUGGGGUGUUUGUCAAGCUGGGUGUGUCUCAGAAUAUUUUAACUCGUAUGAAUUUUUAUUAUUAAAAAAUGAACGUUGCAAUUUUU